AUGGACCUGGACAGGGUUUCAGAGCGGAAAUUGGAUGUUCUGCAACACUUUCAGGGUGAGUUGGAGCGUCUUGUUACCCACGAUGCCUCCAGUCCUGGCAGCCUGUCGGAGAAGGCAGAUGAGGCCAAGGCUCGCCCUCCUGCCGUCCUGGCCCUCAAACUCCUUUUCCGACUGUUGCGCCUGGAACCGCAGCGCGCAGCCACCUGCCUCGAGACAGUUUACCUCCCCUGCCUCCUUUUCGGUGCCGGACGGGAGGCGGAGUUGGCACUCCUGCCCGAGGCCUGCCUGUUGGCACCCCAGUUAGCACCGCGUUUGCUUCGCACAGCGGCGGUUGCCUCCCUGUUG